CCACCGAGCACAACCAGCGCGGCCCAACUUCAAUAUUAGGGACCAUUAUUGCAUCGAUUGGUACUCGAUCCCGCGAUAUUGACGCUGCGAUAAAGAGACCAGGCGCCAUCUUGUGUUUUUCGUAUGUUUAGACGACAUGAAGCCGGGCCCCGCCAUCCUUUUCAUGUGUUCGUUGUUAUGGAGCUGAUGCAUGAACGGGGAUGCCGGGAGAGGAGUGCAACGGCUUGCAUUUUCGAAGUCACCGCGCAUUGUUUGGGGGUUCUUAUCGGAUGGGUGCAGCUUGUUGGAAUUCCAGCACGAGCGCCUGAAGUGGUUUCACAGGAAUGCUGGCAAGGCUUAAGAGGCUUCCAUCACACCGCAUUGAUUGCUGAGUACAACAUCAUUCGAGAAGAAUUUCUUGGCAACAACAGCACACACUUUUGGGCGCACACAUGCUUCGAUGAAGAGGUCUCCAACAAGCGGAUCUCAUCACGGCAGGUUCACUUACCUGACGUUCUAGUUUGACAAGUUCCCAGAUGUGACCGACAUUUCAGACAUCUGUAAGAGCUGGGAUUGGUCCACAAUACGUUCCGAAGAUCUUGGACAGCGCCGCACGCAAGCGGUCAAGGAGAGAUAAGAC